GCGGAGCUUCUCAGCGAUGUCGAGGAGAAAUCGCCAAGCAUAGUCCAGGAUUCUGUGCAGGCACAAGCUGAGGAGCUUGCGAUGGAGGAUGCCAGCGACAAGGAACCGAGGCAGAGAGGCUUCCGCCAAGAGCAGAAAGGUGGCCCAUCUGGCAAGGCAACAAAGGGUGGAAGCCACCACGACGAGAGGGUCCCGAGCGGAGGCCAGAGAUCGAAUGGCCAUCGGGCUGCAUCGCCGGCAGCCAGAGCCCAGGACGGAAGAAGUCGUGGUGAAACGGAGAGGGACCAGAAGCUGGAAGCAGGCGUGAAGAAGCCCAAGGCAGUGCAGCAGAAGUCAAGGGCGGCGGGCAAGGCCGACCAAGAGGAAAGGGCGUCGGUGUCGCCGAGGAGAUCUUGUUCUCCGAGGAAUCGUGAUUCGCUCCGAGAUGCUCCAGAUGUUUCUCA